UCCCACGGUACGGACGGCACGUUUUUCGUUCGUUCACCAUUUCAUCACUGAAACCGUGCCUCUAGCGGGCUCUCAUUUGCUUCCGGACACGCUCCGUGGUCACAGGUGCGCACCGUUUGCUGUGAACCCGUUCGAAAACUGCCGGUCGGUCACGCGCUCCAGGUCCAAAUAUUUCGCGCAACCGAAUCACGGUUCGUGCGGUGUGAAAGUUACGACACUAAAGAACGUGCUCGACAAUGUUUGAGGAGGCAGACAAUUUUGCAGACCUGUUCCGCGGCGGGCUGCCAUACUAUCUGCUGAUAACGCUACCGAUCCUGAUCAUCUGCUCCUCGAACCCGGUGCUUGCGGCCAGCGAGUUCAGUGUGCAACGCAUGUCACAGUACGACGUUCACGGUGCUCCCUACGGCUGUCGGGCUUCGGCGCUAAACCUGGAAGCCAAAUCGCUUUACACCUGGCAAACAUCGAGGCACUGCGUGCUGACCCGGUUGCAGGAUAUGACCAUCGAGCACUUCCGAGAAAUUCGUGCCAAAGCGGGCGGACUGGUCGUUCUGUUGCCAGAAGAUACGGCCGCCCUCAGCUUGGAGGACAAAGAGCACAUUCACCUGCUGGAGCAGGCGAUGAUGAUGCAAGAGGUCCCAAUUCCGGUGUACUUCUCGGACUACGACCCCAAACUGAACGCCAUCAUCGACGAGGUGACGCGUACGGCGGUGCGCAGCCACAAACCGAACACACCGAGCCGCCCGUCGGCUCUGAGCGAAAUGUUCAGCUCGGUAUCGGCCAACGGGUACCAGAUUGCGGUGUCCGGCGCGUCGCACGCCAUCAACAAACAAUCGAAAAUACCGAUCAUCCAGGGUGAACUGGCCCCGAACAAACCGGGCAAAUCGCACGAUGCCGACGGCAAACUGCCGCUCAUCAUCGUGACCGCCCAUUUCGACACGUUUGGAUUAACGAACACCCGGCAAAGUAACUCGGACGUGGCCGCCCUCCUGACGCUGGUGGAACUGUUCAGCAAACUGCACGCCAGCAUUCCCAAGUAUCGGCUCAUGUUUCUCGUGUCCGAGUCAGGGUUGGUGCUUAACUUUCAGGGCAUGAAGAAGUGGCUCGACUCGAACUUGGACGAGAACGUGCAGAUCCAGCACGCCGAGUUUGUCGUUUGUCUGGAUACGCUCGGACAGCUCGCUGCACAGGACAGCCUCUUUAUGCACGUCUCGAAACCCCCGAAGGAAGGCACGUCCAUGAGUGGGUUCUACAAGACACUCCGAACAGUCGCCCAGCGCUACGGAAACGUUACCGUCGAGGGUGUGCACAAGAAGAUCAACCUGGCGGACACAUUGCUCGCCUGGGAGCACGAACGGUUCAGCAUGAAGCGAAUGCCCGCAUUUACGCUGUCCAAUGUGAAGAGCCACAAAGAUCCGCUACGGAACACGAUCUUCGAAGACGAUACGCCUGAGGAACGGCUAGAUGCGCUUGAGCGAAAUGUGAAAAUUAUCGCCGAGGCUCUGGCCAGCCAUAUCUACAGUGUGCCAGCGGAGAACGGUGCCGCCGGAGAAAUCUUUACCGGCUCGAUGGCGAUCAGCCGGGAGCAAAUUCUUCCCUGGCUGCACAUUGCUUCCACCCAGCAGAACAACGAUCUAAAGCACGCGUUCGAAAAGUACCUGCGCAACGUGAAGGUGACAUUCGACAAGCCGGACGCCCGAGAGCCCGACUUUAUGCUGUACGACGCACGGGACGCUCUGCUGAACAUCUACAGCGUGAAGCCCGCACCGUUCGAUCUCUUCCUGACCUUCAUGAUUGCGCUCUACCUCACAGCGAUCUACUUCGCGAUCUUCCACUUUCCCAAACUGUACGGUGUCGUGUGUCGCAUGACCGUGGUCAAAACCAAAGUGAAUUAGGCAGCGACGUCAUCCGACGCCCGGUCCUGGUGGCAAUUGUUUGUUUCUUUUUACGUACUAGGUAGCUGGUUGGCCUUAACUCAUGUUCUCCGUUUUGUUUUCCUCAAUGAAAUCCAUUUAUGCUAAAGAGGGGCUGCCAUCAAAUAAUCCUUAUCGGUUCAUAGUAACGCCAUCCUGGAGCUCGAUUCAAAACCGACUGCAGUGUCCGUUGUCCCUCUUUGAGAUUUGGAGGUUUGCUACCACAUUCGUUCCUCACUGUGCGUUUCACCAUUAGAAGUAGUCGGAUACCCCUAUUUAUUAGUUUUGGUUUGCGGACAACACGAAGCCCGGUGAUAGAAAGUUAUCUUCGCUGGAUUUUGUAGUUUAAAGACGGUUUGAUCGAACAAAACCAAAUAAAGGAAAUUAUUUGCCAAUCUAGGGUGUGUUAUAGG